CUCGCUUUGGAGAACUGAAGCGUCUCCUGUGCUGCUGCUUUCGGUUUGAAGAGGUUCUGGUGACUGUGAGGGUUGAAAAAGAGUGCAGCAGCCGGACGUCUGGAGGCAUGAGUGACAUGUGUUUGCCCCUCCUCUCCGAGCUGCUGAGCGCUGCUGAGUUUGAGACGCAACAGCCCGGAGAGCGCAGCAGCGACUUUACCGCUGCAACUUUGAUGACAGAGGUUUUCGGAGCCGUCGAUGGAGCGCGUUUGAAGAGUCUUGCUGGUGAAGACGAGGGGGAUCGAGUCUCGACCUGCGCUUCCCCUUCUGCCAGUCGGGAUCAAAAAAUGAAAUUUCUGGUUUGUGCGCUGGCGGUGGCCUUGGCGGUGGGAUCUGCGCACGGAGGCACCAAAUUUGACGAGCCAUGUGCAGGUCUAGACUGCAGUGGAGGCUGUAGGUGCAACCCGGAGAAAGGCAGCAGGGGUCGUCCUGGGCCUCUUGGUGAGGUCGGUCAGAGUGGACCUGAGGGGCCACGUGGGGGUCCGGGGCCUUCAGGGCCCAAAGGAGAGAAGGGCCACAUUGGAGUAAAAGGACCGUCCGGGCCCAAAGGAGACAAAGGGCCAAUGGGGGUGCCCGGAUUUCAAGGAAAUGAUGGAGUACCUGGUCACCCAGGUCAGGAGGGCAGCCGAGGACCGCCGGGCCUGGAUGGCUGUAACGGGACCAGAGGGGAACCUGGAGCUCCGGGCUUCGGGACCGGAGCGCCGGGCUUCCCUGGACCCACUGGACCAACUGGGCCGAAGGGUCAGAAAGGAGAGGCUCGAUUUAUCUCCGAUGGCAACAGCAUCUCAGGUUUACCAGGUUUACCAGGAGCUGACGGUCAACCUGGUAUCAGAGGUCCUGAUGGUCCGCCUGGUUUCUCAGGUCCCAGAGGCCCUGAAGGUUACUCUGGCCCACCUGGUCCUCCUGGUCCUCCAGGGCUGAUGGGGAGCCGUAGUGACGGAUAUCAAGGAGAGAAAGGAGACAAGGGCGACGUGGGUCUUCCCGGACCCAGUGGUACUCCCGGUGACGGGUCGCUAAGUGGCGAACAAACGCUCACUAUCUACAAAGGAAAUAAGGGUGAACCGGGUCCAAAGGGAGUCCGAGGAGUCCCAGGAAGUCCAGGUCGACCAGGACCUUUCGGUUAUCGUGGUGAAUAUGGAGAGAAGGGCAUCCCUGGAUACCCCGGGGCAAGAGGUCCUCCAGGGUUUAACGGACCUCAGGGUGCUCCAGGACAGCGGGGAUUCACAGGGAAUCCAGGAUUCCCCGGUCAGCCAGGAUACAUCGGACCCAAGGGAGACCAGGGAGAACCAGGACUCCCAGGGCCUCCAGCCUACGUCAACAAUCUGGGCACCUCUGUUCAAGGACCUCCAGGUGACUCAGGUCUUGGUGGCCUCCCAGGCAUUCCUGGUGAGCAGGGAGCUCCAGGAUUUGCAGGACCUCCAGGCCAGCCAGGAGUAGGUGGCGUCUUCUCAGGUCGUCCCGGAUCCCCAGGUUUUCCUGGGACCCUGGGCCCAAAAGGAGAGAAGGGCAGCCCCGGAGCACCGGCCUACGGUGUUGAAGGACUUCCAGGCUCCCCUGGACUCCCGGGACCCGUUGGCCCUCCUGGACCUCAGGGCGUCUCUGGUUCUCCUGAAGGCUCAGCCACUAGUUUCCCUGGACUGCCUGGAACCCCUGGCCCCAGAGGAGAGCCGGGUAACACGGGAUUCAAAGGCUUCAGAGGUGACCCCGGUGACUGUGGCUGUCUCGGAGGAGGCGCCCCGGGGUUGCCUGGGUUACCUGGAGUUCCAGGAGCCAACGGCAGCCCCGGAUUCCCUGGACGAAAGGGUGAACCUGGCGACGGUGGUUCUCCUGGUUUGAAUGGCGUUCCAGGAUCUACUGGACGUGCUGGUGAGAGGGGCAGCUUUGGUCGUAAAGGAGAGAAGGGGGCUUCGUACUACCCCAGCCUGGGUCUGGGGGUGAAAGGAGAGCUGGGAGCUCCUGGACCCAGAGGACCUACAGGUGAAACAGGAAAACCUGGCAGGGAUGGACUACCUGGCUUCCCAGGAGCCCCUGGCCCUCCAGGCGAUGCUGGCUUCGGCACAGUUGGAGAGAAAGGAUUCCCAGGAUUCCCGGGUUCUAAGGGACGCCCCGGUGGCCCUGGUGAGCCCGGCAUCGGCUACGCCGGGACCCCCGGCUUCCGUGGAGAGGCUGGAGACCCUGGCAUACCAGGGUUGCCAGGGCAGCCAGGUUUGCCUGGACCAAGAGGUGAAAACAGCUGUGGAGGGGUUAAUGACGCCGGAGAGGGAACGGGCCAAGUGCUGCCUUGUGUCUUUCCUGGUGAGGAUGGAGACCCCGGUGUGCCUGGUAUACCUGGACGACCAGGCCCUAAAGGUGAACCAGGUUUCCCAGGAGGUUCUGGACGUCGAGGGUUCGAUGGUGCCAAAGGAGAGAGAGGAGAUCCUGGUUUUGGAGGUCAACCUGGACCACAAGGUUUCCCUGGACCAAGAGGGGACGCUGGAGCUCCAGGUGUUCCAGGACAGAGCUUCAAUGGCGACAGGGGGAAGGACGGCGGUCCAGGGCGUCCUGGAGGCAAAGGCCAGCCUGGGGAGGUUCUGGGAGCUACGCCUGGAGCUCCAGGACGGGACGGUUUACCUGGAAUCCCUGGAGACAAGGGUCUACCUGGGACACCGGGAGGACCUGGAUCACCUGGUUUUGAUGCUCGUUCUGGUGUUCCUGGGCUGAAGGGGGAACGUGGCGUCGACGGUCUGCCUGGUAUUUCUGGACUUCCUGGACCUCCUGGUGAUCCGACUGGUGGCAUCACUGGUCGGCCCGGAGCUCCCGGUGCAAAGGGACUGAGCGGACCUCCAGGCUGCCAAGGUUUCCCCGGUCGUAAAGGAGACAGAGGAGACCCAGGUUUCCCAGGGCCUGCUGGAAUGAAAGGAACCCCAGGACUGCCUGGCACUCCUGGGUCACCAGGGCUGAGGGGAGCCCCCGGACCUCCAGGACCAGGAACUAGAGAGGGAAUCCCAGGAAUCCCAGGAACUAAAGGUGAAAGAGGUUUUUCAGGAGUAAUGGGUUUCCCUGGACUACCAGGUCGCCCUGGGUCUCCAGGAUUUCCUGGAGGUAAAGGGUUUUCUGGAGGCCCUGGAAGAGAUGGAUUUCCAGGUGGACCUGGAUUCCCUGGACAGAAAGGUGAGAGAGGAUACCCCGGCCUUCCAGGCCUGCCUGGUAUUCCUCGUCAAUCAGAGCUGGUGGAGAAAGGAGACUCUGGAUACCCUGGAAGCAGCGGCCUUCCUGGCUUCCCUGGACCCAGAGGUGACAAAGGUCUGCCGGGUCUACCUGGACGUCAGGGUCUGCCUGGACUUCCCGGCUUUGCUGAACAGAGUAAAGGACAGCCAGGACAGCCCGGGUUCCCUGGGCAACCCGGAGCUCCAGGCUUUCCUGGACCGAAGGGAGAAGCUGGAAUCAUGGGAUUCCCUGGCAUGUCGGGACCACGGGGUGAUGAUGGUGCAUCUGGUUUCCCUGGCAACCCUGGAGAGUCUGGUCGACCUGGUGGCAAAGGUCUACCUGGAGAGUCUUAUGGUUAUCCUGGAGGGCCAGGAGCGAAAGGCCAGCCAGGAGAUUCAGGCUUCCCAGGUGGUCGUGCCAAUGAUGGCCCUGGUGACAACGGCUUUCCAGGAAGUCCAGGCUUCCCUGGGCAGGGUGGUCCAGGUGAAGGAGGAAGGCCUGGAAUAAUGGGUAACCCUGGUUUCCCUGGACCAAAGGGUAUGCCUGGAUUCCCAGGAAGAAGAGGGCCAGAUGGGACUCCUGGUCUGCCUGGAGGUCCUGGAGGUCCAGGAUCCAAAGGUUUGCCUGUCCCUGGUUUAGACGGACUUAAUGGCCUUGCUGGACCUAAAGGCCUCACUGGAACUCCAGGUACAGACCUCUUGCAGGAGGUCCGCCCUGGUGCCCCUGGUAUUCCAGGUGCAAAGGGAGAAAGAGGUGUCUCCAAUCCUGGAGGUCCAGGAUUUUCUGGAUCAAAAGGAGGGAGAGGAGAGCCAGGUGUUUCUGGACUCCCUGGGUUCCCUGGUCGGCCUGGACUUCCUGGUGCAGUUAUUGGAUCAGACAUCCCUGGCCCUCUGGGAGACCCGCUUCCUGGAUUGGAUGGAGAAUAUGGUUUCCAAGGUCCUCCAGCGUCCUCCGGGCCGCCUGGUCCUGGAAGCCAGGGAGACAGAGGUGACUCAGGGCUGCCUGGAUUCCCAGCUCCCCCGGGCAGAAAGGGAGAAUCAGGACUUCCUGGAGGCCCCGGACUUCCCGGGAGCCCUGGUUUCAAAGGAGAGCGCGGUGACACUGGCUUCAGCGGAGGUCCUGGUCUCAAAGGCUUCUCUGGUGACCCUGGUUACUUUGGAGGCAAAGGCCCAAAGGGAUUACGAGGGCCUCCUGGUCGGAAGGGCUUCCCUGGAAUCAAUGUUGCCACCAGAAGAUUUCCGCCGCCCCUUCGGAGACCAGGGUUUCCCCGGCGAAAGUGGGAACCCCUGGUAUUCCUGGAGAACCCGGUCAGCCUGGCAUGCCCCGGACGUCCCGGUCCUAACAGGUCGUCUGGUGGAGUCGGUAAACUUGGCAGGACCGGAGCGCCCGGUCUGCCUGGACUCGUCGGUGAUGGUGGACCUCCUGGCUUCCCUGGACUCACUGGAGAGCAAGGUCACCCUGGUAACGUCGGUCGUCCCGGCACUCCUGACAGCGUCGGCCGCAGUUUCAGCAUAGGCUUCACUCUGGUGAAGCACAGCCAGAACUCCCAGCCUCCCAUGUGUCCUCAGGGCAUGAGCAAACUGUGGGAAGGAUACAGUCUGCUGUGUGAAGGGCAGGAGAAGGCACACAACCAGGAUCUUGGUCAGCCAGGGUCCUGUCUCCCCAAGUUCAACACCAUCCCCUUCCUCUACUGCUCCCCCAACGAGAUCUGCUACUAUGCCAGCCGCAACGACAAAUCCUACUGGCUUUCCACAACCGCACCCAUACCCAUGAUGCCCGUUGCCGAGGAGCAGAUACAGCCAUACAUCAGCAGGUGCUCAGUGUGUGAGGCUCCAUCUCAGGCUGUGGCUGUCCACAGUCAGGACAUGACCAUUCCCAACUGUCCCCCCGGCUGGAGGAGUCUCUGGAUAGGAUACUCCUUCCUCAUGCACACAGCAGCCGGUGCGAGGGCGGCGGUUCAAUCCCUGGUGUCGCCUGGCUCCUGCCUGGAGGAUUUCCGCGCGACUCCGUUCAUUGAGUGCAACGGGGCCAAGGGCACCUGCCACUACUUUGCCAACAAGUACAGCUUCUGGCUCACCACCGUGGAUCCCAGCCAGGAGUUUCUUUACUCACCGGCGCAGGAGACCCUGAAGGGAGGCCAGGAGCGCUCCAAAGUCAGCCGCUGCCAAGUCUGCAGCAAGAUCUUGUAGUAGGCGGAGGUGGAGGGUAGAAGAGCGGAGGGAAACAUCAGGAGGUGAUACACUAACACUUCAAGAUGAAAAAUAAUAAGAACAGAAUAUGUGACUGACUGAAAAAUGAACCCCUGUCCUGCUUCACUGAGCAACACCGGCACCAUUUUCAGGGUUUUCUUUUAGUCCCCUUUAGGAAUGAAUGGCUUGUUUAAAAAAAAAAAAGAAGAAGCAGGAGGGAGGAAAUGGAAAGAGAAGGCUUCCGUGUGAUUGCUCUUCUCCAGAUCAUCACUGACAAUGGUGCUAUUGUUUAUGUCUGUUUUAGUUUUGUGUCUGUUUUCUCGUUUACGGUUUUUGGCGAGAAUCAUUCUCGGCUACCUCGGAGAGUGCCGCCCCUUUGGAAAGCACUGCACCCCUCACACAACAGGGCUGCUUCAGGUGAGCCAGUUCAGACAGCAGAGCCACAACUUUAAAGUCUGAAACAGCUGAAAGUGGUGCUUCAUAGGAUUUCCUGAACUGGUUUAACUGAAGCAGAUGUUAUUGAUUCCGGUUCAAACUUCCAUUUUUAGAGAAAUGGCCGCCUCUUCUUACACUUGAUGUUACAUUAAUCGCCAUGACAUCACUCUUUCUUGGCACACUGGUGGUUUCGCAUGUUUUCGUGAGUAACGACAGAAUUCUGAUUGACAUUCAUUUGAAAGGUUUGAAAAUCAAAUUGCUCAAGAUUGGAAAAAGUAUGAUAGUUAACAUUGAAUAGCACUGUAUUUUGUGAUUUAACAGACCACAGAAAGAGUAAGAAGCUACUGUUUUUCUGUGUAAACACUCUUAUUACAAAGAACUAUUUUAGCUGAGGUGUUGCUGUCUUGAAAUACAUUAUGUAUUUUGAGUCAAGAGCCUUUCUGCUCCUCAUAGACUGUAGACACUAAAGUGAAUUCUUUUGAACAGCCCAGCAGGGGGCAACUCCUCUGUGCAAAAGAAGUUUGCAAAGAAAUCUGUCUGAAAAUGACCCUGCAUUACACAUUUUCCGAAUGAAUUUAUGGCCUCAGUCACUAGUUUAAAUUUUUUUUCUUACAGCAUGAUGCUAAAUUUGUCAGUGAUGGUCCCGUUUAGAGGUAAAUGGACAAUAAUGCGGAAUGUGUUAUAGGGCAGAACUACCUUGUGAUUGACCAAUCAAAUCCAUCCCUCACUUAUCACGUUUCAAAAGACCAACAUUCCAGAUCAUAGGCUUCAAACCAGUAGUCCACAAACCAAUGGGUGACAUCCUUAUGGCUACACUGAUAUUCUAAAUACAAUUUAUUAUGCUUUCAAUCAAUGCAUAAUUAGCUUCAGAAAGCCAUUCAAUAUACAGUGGGAUUAAUAUUUAUGUCAUUAAAGCAUUUAACAGCUGCUUUUAAAUGCAAAAACUUUGCUUUUUCUUUGUCUCUGUUUACUCUUGAGUAAAUUUUAUUAGUUUGAUUAACUUACGAUUCUUUACGUGUUGAUUUUCAAUUAGAAAUGAGUGUAAACCACGAAUACUAGAACACUUUGAAGAACGCUCAGUAACCAUAUUAUCUAACCAUAAACAUGCAAAACUACCAGUGUGGUGCUUUAACUUUACUAUGCAUUUUUUCACGUACCUGUGACCUCUGCACAUUUCUUAAUGUGACUCUCUGGUGCUACAAUUCCCUGACAGUUGACUUGAAAAGCAACAUUUGAGAUCAAUUCUCACAUGCAAUAAGUAAACAAACAAAAAGGCAAGCCAGCACUUUUCCUCACACGAGCGUCACAAACAUUAAUAAGAAAUGACUGAUAUUGCACUGAUAUGAACUCACAUGUGUUAGAACAACAAACAAAGUCAAGUAAAGGGGCAUAUUUCUCCAUCUCCAUGAUCGCAGAUUUUUAUUGUAUUGUGACCAAGCUAGUAUUUCUUUUUUAAUCACCCUUCAUUCACUCAAAAUUUGCAGCAGGAAACAAAACACACCCUCUCUGAUAGAUUAUUUGCUGUACAUAGUGCUUCCUGUAUUUCCCAGCAAAACAUGUUAGAGCGAAGGUCUGUAACACUGUUAGCUCCUUAUUUUAGUUUGAUUUUUUUCACUCUUUUUUCACUGUCCUUGGAUAAGAAAGAGUUCAGUUUAAAAAAAAAAAAAAGACUUAAAUGUAGAUUUUUUUUUCAGCCAUAAAUGUGAUGAUAGAUAAGGAUUUUUCAAGACAAGAUUGGAUUUUUUUUUUAGGUUUGGUUUGGAGUGAAACUGGUGCAUCUAUGCUUAGACAGUGAAAGCUACUGUACAACCUGUAACCACUAUGACCACAGUGUAUAGCACAUCUCUCUGCUGGUAGCCCUGACUUUAUUACUAUGUCACAUUUUACCUUUUUAUUUUAUUUUUCUUUCUUUCUUCCUAUUUGGUCUGCAUUUGUUGUUUUGUAAUCUGGAUUGUAAUUAUUUUACGUAAGUCAUGAUUCUAUCCCCUGGUUUUAUUUACUGAGAUGGGAGGGACUGGGAAGAUAAUGAUGUGUACAUUGAAUUUUAAGGAAAAAAUAUGCUUUUAGGAUGUUUUUAUAUGGAAAGUAUAUUCACCGCUGAUGUUUUAACAGAUGUAACAGCAGUUUUAUUGUCUGUUUGGACUUAACCCCAUGUUCAGAACCAAAUGUUUAACGCAGCAACAUACUGUAAGUGCCUGGAGUGACAGAAAAGAAAUGCAGUUUUCCUCAAAGAGGAUCCAAAACAAAAAGUGAUAAUAACAUGUCUGUUACUGUAAUGUGUAUUUCUGUGCUCACACACUUUGGAAUAAAGUUUUAAAAUUUGCUCAGAAA